AUGAUUGGCGAUCUGAACGAGCGAUAUCUGCCGGACUUCGAAAUGGCCCUUCUAGCCCUUGACGACCACCCUGAAUCUUCCUCGAAAGACGAAGGCAUCCACAUACGCACUCUCGAAAGAGCCCUCACGGUCCGGGAUAAUUGGCGCACAAGAGCGAUCCAGACUGUGACUGAGUAUAUCUUCCCAGAAUUCUCUCCUCAUACACGGUUUUUGGUCCCAAAUCUGCCUAAAAUCAAGGUGGUCGACAGUCUUCAUACGCUCCGCCGGCAAACUGCGAGGGCGCGCGAAGACCUUAUUGCGGACUAUGCAAUCGAUCAUCCCCCUGGAAAGUGGUUGCGGAGGGUCUUUACCACAGAAGAAAUGACUCUCAUCCUGCGCGAUCAAGCAAAUGAUACUGGGUCAGGAAUGCAGAGAGCGAUGGAUGCCAUUCGUUCAAGCACCACUGACUCUACCAGAGGCGACACCGGGCUAGGAUUCGAAUUUUUCUGGGCGCUAUGGAUCACCAAUCACCCUUUCGACGAUACGCUCAUCGCCGUGCCGCGUUGGAGGAGAUUUGAACUGCUGCAGCAUAAGAACGAGCGACAGGAAGCCGUACUGUCCAGCACUUUUGUGACCAUCCAUGGUGAGCCGAUCUAUUCUGGUGCAGUUUCAGUGUCAGAGUUCAGAAAGGCUUGUCAUACCUCGGAUCCCCAGCUCUACGAUUAUGCACGCAAUUUCGAUGAGCGCUUGAGGUGGCCGUUUCCAGGAACUCACGCUCGAAAUUCUCUGGAUCGACCAGACAACGCACUUAGACUCCGUGUGACUGAGCCGUCUGCUCCGGAAACUGAGAUUUUACCUCAGUUGAAUCAGGCUACUGGCACCGGCCACACUCCCGCGCCUCGGAAUGAGAUUCAGGCUGGACGUCCAGUCAACGGUUACGCUCCAACUGUCAUCGUACGUGCUACAAACACCCCACAGACGCAACUAAAUACCGACGCAGGCAACUGGAGUUACAUCGCUGUCGAAAUACAACCUGGAAGGGCAGCUAAUUCAGCAGAGCAAGUCCUGAGCUCAGAACGGGGCCAGGCGCGCUCAUAUCCCUCAGCCAAUGGAGUCCAAGGCCGACAACAUCGUCCAAGGAGAGUGCCACGCGCAGCUAGACCAGCGAUGCUUGCCGACCUGCAAGAAGAAGUCGACAUUGUGGCGAUUCAGGAAGGGCGUAGGCGCGAGCUCGUUAAUAUGAUGAGUCCAGAAGAGCUCAUGCGCGAACGGGCUCGGAUGCAGGAAGAGCGGCGACCACGCUUGCCAAAUCCGAAUGUUCGUCCUCUUUUCGAAGCGUUGCGAUUCGAAUCAGAUGAGGAUGAGGAUGAAGAAGAAGAGGAGGACGUGGCCAACGAGGACUGGCGUCUGCAGAUUGACUAA